AAUCUUCCUCCAACGAACAAGGAACGUGCGAAGGGAAAUGGCGGCAAUCUGCUGCGUCUACGCGCUUCAGACUUUAUAUCACAGCAGAGUCGGGAACCUGAACCUCCGUUGCUGCUCCAGUGCAAAGGAUAAGAGGGAAACGCCACGGUGGUUAAAGGUUGCAGUUAGUGGAGUUACAGAGAUUCUACGGAUUUUUGCUCCAGGAAAAGAGAGAUCAAAUAGGAUGGAUUACACAAAGAAGGAUGAACUUUCUAUCUACAGUGUAGAUGAUGUUCUCAUGAUCCUUAAAUCUGAUUAUGAGAAUGCUUAUUUUGUUACGGGGGAUUUCACUUCUGCAAUCUAUGCUGAAGAUUGUAUCUUUGAAGAUCCGACUAUUAAGUUCACAGGUAAGGAUUUGUAUGCACGCAACUUGAAAUUGCUUGUUCCUUUCUUUGAUCAUCCAUCAAUUGUACUACAAAAGAUUGAGAAGGGUUUUAAAUAUGAGUCGAAUUUUGUAUUGGCAACAUGGAAACUAAGGACCUACUUGAAACUUCCUUGGAGACCCCUUAUUUCAAUAGAAGGAAAUACAGUCUACGAUUUAAAUGCUGAUUUCAAAAUUGUUAGACAUGUUGAGAGUUGGAAUGUGUCCGCACUUCAAGCAGUUGGACAAAUAUUUACUCCUAGUUUUGGAAGGCAUGGAGAGUGAAUACUAUUCUGCAAAAAAGUUGUAUAAUGGUAUGUUAUAAUGGGAUCUAGAAUGAAACACUACUGAACUGUGCCUUAAUCACAACUUUUUGGGGUUGUCUACAGAAAUCCUUUCCUGCCAUUGUUCUCUAAGAUCUAGAGUGAAAUGCUGGGGUAAUGUCUGUUACCACCUUUACUGCAUGUAGCACUUGGAGCUGGGUCUUUCACGGUUUCACCCAUUGUUUGUAAAUUCUAAUUGGUAGUUUUAGCAACCUGUAAAUUAUGUAAUCCUCAAAUUCAUCGGAAACUGACGUAUACAAAAAUGACUAGAUCAAGUGUACUGGCCUUUCACUGUGAUAGAUAAGCUAUUUAUGUUUCUUGUUUUUUC